AUGGAUCCUGGAUUGGAAGAGGAACAAACCAAAUUAGAAAGAGGAACAAAAUGUUGCAAAUCAGACAUUAUUUUUUACAUGCUGUGCAUCAUCAAUUUUAUUGCGCCAGUUGAUGGAUUUUCCCUGAAGACUUGCAGAAUCAGCUACAGUACGGCCAUAUGUGUCGGGAGUAAACUCAGAGCUGUUCCUGGAGAUAUUCCCUCAACUGUGACAGGCCUCGAUUUAACUUCUAACAGAAUUUCAACAAUACAUGCAUCAGACUUCAAAGAGCUACUAAAUUUGACUAAGUUAGACCUUAAUAUCAACAGCAUUUUACAGAUAGAAAGCGGUGCGUUUGCCAAUCUAAGUUCUCUUGAGACAUUAAAUCUAAAUAAUAACAAACUUGUUACACUGGGAGAAAAUGUUUUUGAUGGCUUGAUUUGCCUCAUUGAGCUAAGAAUUAAUAAAAAUCGCAUUAAACAAGUGGCAUCCACAUCUUUUAAGUCCAUGACAAGUUUAAAACUUCUGGACAUUUCUCAUAACAACCUGCACCACAUUACAAAAGUUCAAUUGAUAUUGCAACAUCUGCCACAUCUACGGGAGCUGGUAAUAAGCAACAAUGAUUUAACCACUUUUCAGUCAUUUGAACUGACAAACAAAUCAUUAGAACUUCAGUACCUUGAUUUGUCAAAAAAUCCCCUCACAGUCUUCAGGAUCACUGCCGAUGUUUUUCCAAAUCUCACCUGGUUUAAAAUUGGGAGCCCAGCCAGAAAGAAACAAAUGAUAUGGGACGUGCAAAACAAGACAUUUCUAAGUCGUGUUACUACUCUUGACAUUAGUGAGCUUCAUUUGGGUCUUGGGGACAUGGAAAGGUUGUUAGAGUCAGUGAACUCAUCGUUAACUGUUCUGAAAAUGAAUGCAAUGACACAUAACCUGACCACACUGAUCAACAUUUCCUGCACCAUCCCAACAAUGAGGACUCUGCAACUUCGAAGCAAUAAGCUCAGCUUUGUUAAUGCAUACUUGUUUAAGUUGUGUAUUAAUGUAACUGAGUUAGUUCUGACAGACAACAAAAUAAAAAACAUCCACGAUGAUGCUUUCAGAUCCCUUAAAAAUUUAAGGAUUUUAACACUGAGUAAAAACAGGCUUCCAUUGGUUCCAGCUGCAACAAGGAAUCUACCAACUCUUUCAGAGCUGGAUCUCAGCACCAAUAACAUCAGCACACUGGACUGCCAUGAUUUCACCAAUCAGACAAAGCUCAGGAAGCUUUAUCUUUAUCAGAAUUCAAUCACAGCUCUGAAACCGUGUCUUUUCAAAGAUUUAAAAGGAUUACAAUCUCUAAAAUUACAGACAAACCAAAUAACUAAGUUGAAUGGUGCUUUCAAAGAACAUUUGCCAAACCUUACACAGCUGCAUUUGAAUGGAAACAAGCUACCUGCUAUCAAAAAGGAUGCAUUUAAAGGCUUGCACUCCCUCCAGAACUUGUCAUUACACCAAAACGGAAUAAAAGUACUUGAAAGUAAGAGUUUCAGUGGACUGACAAAUCUGACCCAAAUUAAUCUACAAAACAAUGAUAUUUCACAAGAUGAACUAAACAAAGAUGUUUUCAGUCCUCUGAUUAAUUUAAGGAGACUGGAUUUGAGUGAAAAUCAUAUCAAUUACAAGAAAAGUAGAAAUUUGCCUGAUCCUCCAUUUUCUCAGCUGUCCCAUCUAGAGGAAUUGCUUGUUUUUUCACAACACCACAGGUUGCAUAGUUAUCUGCCUGUGAAUUUCUUGCAAGGUUUGACCAGUCUUUUGAGUUUCAAAGCCAGGAAUAUCCGUAUUGCGUCUCUGGACAAAGACACCUUUGUUUACACGCCACAGCUGCAAUUACUUGAACUUUCUUCAAAUGAACUUAAAGAACUCCCUCCAGAUCUGUUUUUCCCAAUUCCAAACCUUAAAAGCCUUUACAUAUCCAGGACAGCUCUUUACUCUCUAGACUUCCUUAAAGAUGCCAACCUCACAAAGCUGGAGUUUCUACAGGCAAGACAGAAUUUAUAUUCAGUUAUUCACAAUGAAGAUAUAAAAUCCCUACCAGCUCUGACUUAUCUGGACCUUCAGGGCAAUGGAUUCACCUGCAACUGUGAUAACAGCUGGUUUCUCUCGUGGGCAAUAAAUGACAGCAAAACUCAAGUUUAUGAUGCAUAUAACUUUUCGUGCAACUAUCCACAAGAAUUCAAAAGUAAGAAGCUGUUGGACUUCGACACCAGCUCCUGCUCAGCUAACACUGACUUUAUUUGCUUUGUUCUCACCACGUGUACAAUCCUAUGCUUGAUGGUGGUGUCCUUCACUUACCAUUUCAUGGGGUUGCAGCUGGUCUAUGCCUAUUACCUGUUCAUAGCUUGGCUCUUUGAUAAAAAGCACAAAAACAAGAAAACUCUUCAUCAGUACGACGCCUUUAUCUCCUAUAACACCCACGAUGAGCCUUGGGUCAUUGACAAGCUCUUACCAAAACUGGAAGGAGAACAGGGCUGGAGACUGUGCCUACAUCAUCGAGACUUUGAACCAGGGAGACCCAUCAUAGAUAACAUUACAGAUGCUAUUUAUGGAAGCAGGAAGACCAUUUGUGUUAUCAGUCGCAAAUACCUCGAGAGUGAAUGGUGCUCCAGAGAGAUCCAGGCAGCCAGUUUCCGUCUGUUUGAUGAGCAGAAAGACGUACUCAUCCUGGUAUUUAUGGAGGAGAUUCCCAGCUAUCUGUUGUCUCCUUACCACCGCAUGAGAAAGAUGCUAAAGAAGAAAACCUACCUGAGCUGGCCGAGAGCUGGAGAGCACACCGAGCUGUUCUGGGAGAAACUUUGCCAGGCUCUGGAGACCAGAGAAGAUCCAGAAGCAAAGAUGUUACUUCUCACUGUGUCAACUAUGCCAUGA